AUGUCAGAACGCAAAGUGAUUUCCAAAUACUAUCCACCAGACUUUGAUCCGAACAAAAUCACACGAUGGAGAAAGACUCAAGUAAAGCUCCCGACCAUUACCCUUAUGAGUCCCUUCUCUAUGCGGUGCAAUAGCUGCGGCGAGUUCAUCUACAAAGGUCGCAAGUUCAACGCGCGUAAGGAACCAGCCGUGGAGCAAUACCUCAAUAUACCCAUCGACCGCUUCUACAUUCGUUGUACGGCCUGCUCUUCUGAGAUUACAUUCAAGACAGAUCCCAAGAAUACGGACUACAAAUGCGAGAACGGCGCGACGCGCAAUUUCGAACCGUGGCGCGCAACCAAGCUUGCAGAAGAGACGGAGGAGGAGGGAUCCAAUCGAUUUGAAAGAGCACAUGGAGAGAAGGAUCUUAUGGUCAGCCUCGAGACCAAGACACUGGACGCGAAGACCGAGAUGGCUGUAGCUGAUGCUCUGGAUGAAAUCAGGAUGCGAAACGCACGACGCGAGAUCAAAGUUAGGGCACUUGAGAAUCAGCCUGACUUGAGACAUGCAGACGCUCAGCUACCACCCGAAGAUAAUCAAGCGACAAAGAAGGCUCUUUGCAACGAUGCAGGCGAACGUGUCCGAAGAGUGUCGGACGAAGAAGCUGGUGUCGAGGAUGUCAACUCUAUACCGACAUUCCAAAGUUUCAAACGACAGAAGAAGAAUCACGGUGCCGCACUUGGUAUCAAACGCAAGUAA